CAAGCAGUCAUUCCGUCACUCAAACUCACUCCGUGCGGUGCGAGAAAGCGCGUGCUGCUCGAGAACCAGUCCGUAAUAACAAUAAGCACAGACACACAACACAACACACACCCCACGGCCACGGCAGCUCCCGCUGAGCAAAGGAUAAUCAAAGGAAGGACAACACAAGUGAAACAGCGAACAAAGGCUAAAAGGAAGCAAAUCAAUUCUGCCACAGAAUAACACCAAAAGACACACACAAAAAAACAGACAAAAUGCCAGCGGAAAAAUCAAUAUACGAUCCCAAUCCGGCCAUCAGCCAAAACGCUUACAUAUCCAGCUUCGAGGAGUACAAGAAGUUCUACCAGGAGUCCCUCGACAAUCCCGCAGAGUUCUGGUCCCGUGUGGCCAAGCAGUUCCACUGGGAGACGCCCGCCGAUCAGGAAAAGUUUCUGCAAUACAAUUUCAACAUCUCGAAGGGACCCAUUUACAUCAAGUGGAUGGAGGGUGCCUCGACCAAUAUCUGCUACAAUCUCCUCGAUCGCAAUGUCCGCAAUGGAUUGGGCGAUCAGAUCGCCUACUAUUGGGAGGGCAACCACCCCGACGACUACUCGCGCGGUCUCACCUACCGCAAGCUGUUGGAGGAGGUCUGCCGAUUCGCGAACGUGCUGAAGGACCAUGGCAUUAGGAAGGGCGAUCGCGUGUCCAUCUACAUGCCCAUGAUCUUGGAGCUGCCGAUUGCCAUGCUGGCCUGCGCCCGCAUCGGGGCGGUGCACUCGAUUGUGUUUGCCGGCUUCUCGCCGGACUCCCUGGCGGAGCGGAUAGUCGAUUGCAAGGCCAAGCUGCUGAUCACGGCCGAUGGGGCAUGGCGCGGGGAGAAGCCGCUGUACCUGAAGGCCCUCUGCGACACGGCGCUGGAGAAGGUCGAGGAGAUGGGCCACUCCGUGGAGAAGUGCAUUGUGGUGUCGCACCUGAAGCGGGUGACGCCCUGCCAGGAAGACCAUGUGGAGGAGGAGAUACCAUGGACCGAUGAUCGCGACUACUGGUGGCACGAGGAGAUGGAAGACAAGGAGCCGGCCUGCUAUCCCGAGUGGAUGGACGCCGAGGAUCCCCUCUUCAUGCUCUACACAAGCGGCUCCACCGGCAAGCCCAAGGGUGUUCUCCACACCACCGCCGGCUAUCUGCUGUACGCAGCCACCACAUUCAAGAUCGUCUUCGACUACAAGCCGGGCGAUAUCUACUGGUGCACUGCCGACGUGGGCUGGAUCACCGGACACACCUACGUCGUGUACGGGCCCCUGGCCAACGGUGCCACUUCAGUUAUUUUCGAGGGCACUCCAUUCUUUCCCGGAAACGAUCGCUACUGGAGCGUCAUUGACAAGUACAAGGUCACCCAGUUCUAUACCGCCCCCACGGCCAUCCGUGCGCUGAUGAAGUUCGGCGAGGCACCGGUCCUCAAGCACAACCUUAGUGGUCUCAAAGUUUUGGGCAGCGUUGGGGAGCCCAUCAAUCCGGAGGCCUGGCUCUGGUAUUAUCGCGUCGUUGGCAAGGAGCAGUGCUCCAUUGUGGACACCUUCUGGCAGACGGAAACUGGCGGUCAUGUCAUCACACCUUUGCCAGGUGCCACGCCCAUGAAGCCGGGAUCAGCUUCGUUCCCAUUCUUUGGUGUUAAGCCCACUUUGCUGGAUGAGUGUGGCAUUGAGAUCAAAGGCGAGGGCGAGGGCUACUUGGUGUUCUCCCAGCCCUGGCCAGGCAUGAUGCGCACUCUGUACAACAACCACGAGCGCUUCGAGGACACUUACUUCUCGAAAUUCCCUGGCUACUAUUGCACUGGCGAUGGUGCUCGUCGCGAUGCUGAUGACUAUCUAUGGAUCACUGGCCGCGUGGAUGACAUGUUGAACGUGUCGGGACAUCUCAUGUCCACCGCCGAGGUGGAGUCCGUGCUCACCGAGCAUCCGCGCGUGGCCGAGUCCGCUGUGGUCUCGCGUCCGCAUCCGGUGAAGGGCGAAUGCCUCUACUGUUUCAUCACGCCCAAUGAGAACGAACCCUUCGACCAGAAGCUCAUCUCGGAUCUGAAAAGGAUGGUGCGCGAGCGCAUUGGACCGUUUGCCCAGCCCGAUGUUAUCCAGAAUGCCCCUGGCUUGCCCAAGACGCGCUCCGGCAAGAUAAUGCGCCGCGUGCUCCGCAAGAUAGCCGUAAACGAUCGCAAUGUGGGCGACACUUCGACCCUGGCCGAUGAGCAGAUUGUGGAGCAGCUGUUUGCCAAUCGUCCGGUGGAGGCCAAGUAGAUGGCCAAGAUAUCGUGUACCUCCCAUCCCAGGCUUGUCCUCUACAUUGGCCAUUUUCCAACGCGGACGCAUUUGAACCCCUGUUCCUGGCCCUGGCUCUGGCCCCGGACCCUAGUCCAGUGCUUAUACGUAUCCCGAUUACGUGUCCUGUAAAUCUCGCUCCCUACACAUGCCUACCUAUAUAUAUAUAUAUAUGUAUGUAGUGUAUAUCUAAUGCUAAAUGUUGGUCCCGUUCCGGGUUUCGUUCCGGGUUACGACGUGGUUAACUCUUUAUAAAUUCUAUUUAGUUCUUAAGCCGUGUGCGUAAGUAAAACGUUGGCAGGCGGCUGACGACAGACGGAAUAGAGAUGCUGCUGGAUCCACCUGCCUGCCCCAAUCACCGUAGUUAAACCCAUGCUCAGCACGCACACACAUACAUUUUUUCCAGUUCUUUUGUUUCUUUGUUGUAGUCGUAGCCUAAGUUCUUGCUAAUUCGUUGUGAUACAAAUUUAAUUAUAUAUCUUUACACUUAUGUAUGUAUGUUUAGUAGAAUUGAUAUGAUACAAAAUAUAUACACGACUCCAGUUAUAGCCACAAA